GCUCCAGCGCCUCCUUCAUCGCGGCGCUCCGGAUCUAGCGUCAGCGCGCCGGAACCGGAACGCCCGCAGAGGCGGAAGCGGGGUUGAGGCGGAGCCGCGGCCGGUAGAAGCCGGGUGCGGAGCCGAUGUACACCCCGGGCGGGCCGGGGCUGCCCGGCGGGCGGCGGCGCCGGGGCGGGGCGGGCGGCGGGCUGCCCAAGCAGCCGGAGCGCAGCCUGGCCUCGGCGCUGCCCGGCGCGCUGUCCAUCACGGCGCUGUGCACGGCGCUGGCCGAGCCCGCCUGGCUCCGCAUCCACGGCGGGACCUGCGCCCGGCAGGAGCUCGGCGUCGCCGAUGUCCUGGGAUACGUUGACCCCGAGUUGCUCCGAGAUUACUGCAUGAACCCACAGACGGUCCUGCUGCUCCGGGUCAUCGCCGCCUUCUGCUUCCUGGGAAUCAUCUGCAGCCUCUCCGCUUUCCUCCUGGAUGUCUUCGGGCCCAAGCACCCGGCACUGAAGAUUACCCGGCGCUAUGCUUUCGCUCACAUCCUCACAGUCCUCCAGUGCGCCACCGUCAUCGGGUUCUGCUACUGGGCCUCGGAGCUGAUCCUGGCGCAGCAGCAGCAGCACAAGAAGUACCACGGCUCCCAGGUCUACGUCACCUUCGCCGUCAGCUUCUACCUGGUGGCGGGCGCCGGCGGCGCCUCCAUCCUCGCCACGGCCGCCAACCUGCUGCGCCACUACCCCACCGAGGAGGAGGAGCAGGCGCUGGAGCUGCUCUCCGAGAUGGAGGAGAACGAACCGUACCCAGCCGAGUACGAGGUGAUCAACCAAUUCCAACCGCCGCCGGCCUACACCCCCUGAUCCCGGCUCUGCUUCCUGCCCCCCCCAGAACUCCACAUCCCCACACACCCCCCCCGCCGUCGCUCUUCCCACCCGGAGGAAGGAACUUGUCGGCUCAGCCCGUCCGUGUUUUCCUCCCAUCUCUUCUACGAACUCCACAAUGUGAUUUUUAACCCUGUUGGCUGAAAUAACGGCGGUGUCAUCCCCGGCGCGGCUCCUUCCCGGUGUUUUGUCCCGUUGGAGCUCUCCUGCGGCGGGAAGGAGGGAAUCAUGCAGCCUGCUGAGCUCAGUCCCACCUCCACCGAGGCAUCCCAUCGCCCGGUGUCUGUAUUUAUAGCGGUUUGUAGGGACUUCUAGCCCGGCACAGCGGGAGGGAGCCCGACCCGCUCCCCCCGUCACCGCCGCUCCCUGGUUUGCACUUUAGUUCAGGCUCCGGGCGGGAUGGGGACGGAUUCGGGACCAACAUACGGGACCUGUCACCCCCAUAAUGUCCCAGAAGCUCUUUGUCCCCCGGGAGCAGGUUUGGGGGCAGCUCUUUGUCCCCCCAUCGAGCCGAUCUGGGGGGUUUUAACCAAGAUUUGGGCACAGCGCCGGCUCCCGGCUGGAAAACCGGCCUCUGCCCGUGGUUUUAUGCAAGAUCUCGAUCUCCACGCCAGCCAAACUCCUGCUUUUUGCCCCUACUUUCAUUCCUCUCGGUGUUUUCAUGUCCUGCUCUUCGCUGAUGAUCCCGGUUCCCUCCACAAACACUGAGAAAUGCUGGACCUUGAGUGAACGCCUUCCUGGGAGCGCCAGAGAGCCGAGGGAAAACCGACCCGGCACCUCCAGACCUGGAGGAGGUUGCUGGAGGGAUGAAGCAGGAUUUUGGGGCUGUUCAAAGCAAUUCAAACAGCGAAAGACCCCACAGGGACACAUCAACCUGAGCACCGCAGCGCUGGAAUCUUCAAGGCUGGAUCCACGGAGGGCGCAGGGGUUUAGGGAAGGAGUUUUAAGACUGGAAUGUCGCUCCAUGUAGGUUCCCAUCCAUCCCUCUCAUGCUUUUAUUCCCUAUUUUCUUGCUGUUUUGCCCAGCUCGUCCCUUUUACCCCACUCCCUGCACCCGCAGCAGCUAUGCAAGAGCUUCGGCCGCGCUCCGGGGCUCCGGCUGUGGCAUGAAACCAGAAAACUCGGCUCUGGGAAGCGCUGCCCGUGCCUGGAGUGGCUCCGAGGAGGGAAAUCAGCCUCUUCAAACCCUCAACGGGAGGUUUCCAGCCUCUGCCUGGAAAAGUUUGGGAUUCCCAGCGGUGACUGAGCUGCAGAAGGGGCCUCGAGUGUCCCCAUCUGGGCACAAGCACUCGGGGUUCCUGCACAAACCCCCCAGCGCGGGGCCGGGGCAUCACUUCCUACCGGGAACAAGGUGGGAGCUGGGGAUGGGGCUCCCCCAGCCCCACUCGGGGGGAAUAAAGGGGGUGCAAGAG